UGAACGUCGCGUCGCUCAUUUCGACGCGGUCCAUACAGCCGCUCCUGCUCGUGCUGCUUGCACUUCGUCUGCAGACACCCGCACACGAAGAACAAACGCCGACGGUUUUGUGGACGGACACGUACGCGCGCGUGUUGAUUAAUUCGCGUUGCUCACUUUUUGUUUGAUACGUUUUGCAUUCACUGUGCGGAAAAGUUUUCUGACGUAUUUGUCUAUCUGACUCGCGAGUUACGCAAGUCACAGGAAUCGUACAAGUUGCGAGAAGGUGUAACGCAAGUUGAACCGGAGUCCAAAAAUUCCUGUUGCGCAAUGAAGUCGGCUUGGUUAUUGGCGGUCACCUGUUUGCUGGUCGCCGUCACAACACUACCUGCAGACGUUGAUGCUGAUCCUUAUCUAGACGAAGACGACGGCAUGGCUUCCGAUGAUGAUUACAGCGAGAACACUUUGGACAGGCUUCUGCAAACAGCGCAAAAACGUUCUUCCUUAAUUUACCUUUUCAGACGAGCGUGCGUGCGCCGUGGCGGCAAUUGUGACCACCGCCCGAACGAUUGCUGCUACAACAGUUCGUGCCGCUGUAAUCUUUGGGGCUCGAACUGUCGCUGCCAGCGAAUGGGUCUCUUCCAGAAAUGGGGUUAAACCGUCGCGGGUCACCGCCACGCCACAGUAACAUCUAAAUACCAAAGCAACAAAGCAAACACAACCAACAAGCAACCCCAGAAUACAACAAUAUAGAAAUCAUACACAUUAGAAUGAGAAAAUAUUUUUACGGAAAUUUUUACAUACAAACAACAAUUAUUAAAACGGCCCCUCUAAAAGCACAAGAAAAUUCUUUAGAAACUGCUGUCAAUAAUUGUAAAUCCAGUUGUGUCAAAUCCAGAUAAUAAAAUUGCUUGCAUUGUUGCAUUUGAUGAAUAAAACAAGGAACUAAAUGUAAUUGAAUAAACUUUGUAAUUGUUUUGUUUUUUGGGGCAAGUUUCGAAAGAAUUUUCUUGUGCUUUGCAUUUACGACGACUUCUGGCUCUCGACCAACGGACAUUCUAUUCUUCGAACAAAACAUUUUCCCUCUCUGUGAACUGAAGCUUUCGUUUCAAUUUUCUAAUUAACCGUUAAGAAUACGACUGUGUUAUAAUUACUAAUUUACUUAGAACUAGUUUUCGUUUGGAUACAUUGAGAAACGAUUUAUGCUAUGCACGUGUUCAUAGUAUCGAUCGACUUGAUUCUUAUUAAUUUAUGGCGAAAUGUCAAAUGAAAACGCUAAGGCGAAAUGAAUGUGAUGUACAAUUUUGAUCGAUAAAUGCUAACCAAAAGAGAUGCGAUAAUGAACUAAAAAUUAUACUAAAUUAAAUUUAUAUUCCUACAAAUUCGGAAAAUUAUUUUUGAUAUGAACAUGAGUUCGAGGCUUGUUUGGUAAAAUUAGUUUGGAACAAUGGAAAGACAUGAAAACGAUAAUAAAACUUGAUAGUCAUAUUAAAGAAAUAGAAGCAAGUUGAUUCCGACUCCGGGAAGUUAAAUGCGACUUGUUUGGAUUCGAUUUCACAAUAGACUGAAAUCGGAUUAUUGGUCAGGGGCAAAGUGCAAAGUGGUAGAGGUGAAGAAUGAAGAAGGAAGAGCAAGUGGUAGCAACGUAAUUAAUUCGCAUUGAGCUUCUCGGAUACUUGGUAACGCAAACACAUUCAUGAAAGCUGUAAAAGUAUGUACUUGAAAUACCGCUGACAUUUUACGUUUCCGCUUCCGGCGGUGACCUCGCCGGCUGCUCUCUUAGUAGAGGUCUAUCCAGCCACAUCUCUAGUAAGAAUGCAUGUCCGGCGUUUGACGAUUUCGUUUUCUCUCUUGAAAAAACUCUCAACCUGAAGAAACACUACUGCAUUACAUUAUACAUUGAUUGGUGAGACAUAUAUUAAGAUCUAUGACUAAACAAACUAUAAAUAAACUAAGUAGAUAUAUAAUUACUUACCUAUUACCUAUAUGUAAUGUAAUGUUUGUAUAGAUGUCAAAAACUACUAUCUGAAGAAAAACGUGGAAGAACAUAUAUUAAUUGUUGUUAGAGGAGGCGCUACGUCGUGAAGGGCGGGCGUUCUUAUCAAUGAAUCACACAAUAGUAUAAUGUUUGAUGCGCAUGACAAGCAGGCAACAUAUUGCGAUUGUGAGAUUCGAUAACGACCUAAAUGAUUAUUAUAUACAAUAUAUAACUAAUAUGAAUAUGUAUAAGCAUAUGGAUUAUAUCUAUUUCUAUGUGAAAAGGGUACAACAUUGAAAACAUUCUGUCAAUAUUAAAAAUAUAUAUCAAUUGGCCUACA